GGGCGGUGACGUCCCCGGUCGGCCGGGCGGGGGCGGCGGCUGUGCGCCGGGCGGGGGCGGCCGCUGUGCGCCGGCCGGUCGGCGCGGCCGGCGGCAAGUGACCCGGGGUCGCCGCCGGCCAGUGUAGCCAGUUCGUCCCCCGACCGGCCGCCGCUGCCACCGCCGUCCGUCCGGCCGCUGCUGCCCGUCCUCGGCGUCCUGCACCCCGCGGGCUCAGCGCUGCGUACUGCUCACACACCGUCACAGGACGAUGCAGCUCCCAGCGAUGGUGAGUGCGGUGGUGUGUGCCAUCAGCUGCCUGCUGUUGAUCUCGCCUGCCAGCACAGCGCCGGCCGACGGCUGCCGACCAGAGUUUUUCGACCAGCUGCCGCUGCGGACACAGAACAUUUGCACCAAGAUCCUGGCACUGCGCGAGGUUCAGCGGGCCAUGGAGGACUACCUCGAGGACGAGUUGCAGGGACAGAUCGGCUUCAGUGACAACGGCGCUAAGCGACAGGACAUGGACCACGUAUUCCUGCGGUUCGGCCGAUCUGGCGUGUAACAACCCCACCCCCGUCGAUUCGCGCCACCCGCCGCCGACGCGCCACCAUCGAACGCGACGCGGCGGCGCGGCGCUCCGACGCAGCGCGGCUAUCCCGGUGACUUGUGCGGCAAUCGGUGGCGCACGGCAAACAACACAGUUGCAGCGGGCCGGGCGCAGCGGCUGGCGGAACGGGUCACACGAUGGCGGCACCACCUGACUGACGGCCAACGGCCUCCGGGGACGCGCACAGAGAGUGCUACACAGCCACCUCUGCACCCGCCAGACACGCUGCCGCGCUCGGCCGAGAGAGCAGUGCGGGGACGUUAUCAAAUUACUGCAGGAAACGCCAGCAGGCCACAGUCGAGGUGGCUAGCCAGAUUUCCAUCUAUCGGAGACUUUUGCAGCCGAAUUUGUCAAUAAUGCCGUUUAAGAAAUGCUGCUGAAAUGAAGAUUUUAUCAAAGGUUCAGCGUUCUAUUUCCAUUUAAAUGAAUACAUAAACAAAUUAUAUAUAAGUGAGUGUGAUCGUACCACGAUUUAGACUACAAUGUCUCUGUAACUGCGGAACUGCAAUUUCAUAAGGGCAUCUUUAAGUCUGGCAUAUGGUCCUAAAACGCUCACGAAUGAUUACCGAAUAUCCGUCUACGCAUAAAUGUCUCCGUACAAAUAUGAUUGUUGCUUCUCACUUCAACAGUGCAAUAUUAUCCAAAAUGUUCCACUGUUGAGUACGAGAAUGUCAGUGAAUAUUUAUUUUACUUAAAUAUAUUGUUUGGUUAUAGGGUAUUGUAGCAAGCUGGUCGUAGAUGAAUACAUAAAUACAUGUAUUGAACC